CGUGGGUCCCACUCCACUUCAACAAUUUCAGGUGCCUCCCACUUUCCUUCUCUUUCUCUGCUCUUCUUAUUUUGCCUCACCCACCACACUCUGCGUCUGUCCGCCACAUCAAAACCAAAAGUCUCCUCCUUUUUCUUUCCUCUCUGUCCAAAAAAAGAAAGAAAGGAAAAUCCACAAACAAUGGAUUCAACCAGCUUCUGCCACCAACGAUCGCCGUCGUCAGAUCGCUUCCUCGGCUUCUUCUCAUUCUCGCCGGCUUCCUCCGCCACCGCGGGCGAGGAGCUCAACGAGGCCGAGGUCUUCUGGACCACCGACUUCACCGAGCCCAGCGACGCGCAGAACCCCCGGCUCAGUCUGACGCGCCGGGUCAACUCCGGCAUACUCGCGGUCCUCCCGGAGCCAGGUCUCCCGGCUCCGGUCCUGUACCGGAAGCCCGCGCUCUCUUCAUCAUCGUCGUCGAAGCCCAUACCUUCAAUUCCGAGAUUUUCUCAGUCUCAGUCGCAGUCGCAGUCGCAGUCUCAGUCCGUGCCGACUUCGAGAAAGUUCCAGAGCUCUGCUCCGAUGAAGGUUCCCAUGCUGUCCAGGGCGGUGGAGAAGCAUCGGAGAAACGACGACCUUGCUGAUGUCGUAGACGAUGAUGACGACGGAGACGACGAGAUGCUGCCGCCGCACGAGCUGGUGGCGAGGGGUUCGGGGCUGUCGGCGAGGACCACGUUCUCGGUGCUGGAAGGCGUGGGGAGGACGCUUAAAGGUAGGGACUUGCGUCAGGUCAGGAAUGCCAUUUGGCGCAAGACUGGGUUUCUUGAUUGAGAUUUCAAGUUUUUUGUUUUUGUUGGUUGAUCAAGAAUUCUGGUGGCUUUUAUUAUUAAUGCGCCAAGAAAUUGGGGGUAGUUUUUGUUUAGUGCCCCCAUUGUUGUUUUUGAUUUGCUGAUUCUGGAUAGUUAAGUAGAGUUCUAUUUCUGUCUGCUUCUUGCUCAUGUUUCUAAUAAUUCCUCUGUUUGCUUUGCAAGAAUUAAUGUCUGGAUAAUGAAGAUCAAAACUUUCACUUUUAAUCACUGGUGGGAAUUUGUAGUUUCACAAUCACCAAUUGACAUGAAUUCAAGAAAAGUUUCAAUCUCA